AUACCUCAAGGAUGGAUAAAACUCUAUGAAGUGAAAAGGGCGAGUGAGCGGGCUCUUUCUGAGUGCUUUCCGAUGCCAAGGGAGCAUUUUAUUCUUCCUUCAGAUACGUUCUUAGCAAAGGGCUUUGCUACUCUGGAGAAAUUGAAGGACCUCUGUAAUGAAGGGAAAGAACAUCCAUCCACACUUUUACAGCUCUAUGCGCAGGCUGUCUUAGACAUUACAUAUUUUGAGGAAAAUCAGCUUGUGGAUGAAGAUUUUCCAGAAGAAUCUUCCAUGCAAAAGGUUAAAGAACUUAUUUGUAUUCUUUCAGAACCUGAAGUCUUAGUGAGGGAAUGCAACAUAAAUGAAGAACCCAUCAACAUCCUUGAUGCAGAGUUGUUAGAAUGUCUUUACUGGAGAAAAGGAGCCCUGCUUUACAUGUUUUGUCAUACAGCAAAAGAAAGGAGUGAAUGGCUACGGGAAAACAUUGCCAUAUUUAAAAAGUGUCUUAGUGAUGGAGUUCAUUACUUGAUGGAGAUGCUCAGCUUUAGAUGCCCUCUGCAGCUAAAUGAAGAUGUCUCACUUCAAGAUAAAGACACAGCUAGAUUACUCAGUGAAGGUAUAUUUAGUGACACUCACUUACUGGCAAUGAUGUACAGUGGAGAAAUGUGCUACUGGGGACUGCGACACUGUGGAGAAGGGAGGCGGGAAAGCCUUGAGAUGAUAGAGCCAGUCUGUAACAGUGACCUGGGCUGCACAGCACAGAGUGUCUCACUGGAUUUCCGAGAAUCGGGCAAAAACAUGUUAACAAAGUAUGUGGCAGUAUGUGAGGGCCCUUUAAAAGACCAAGGGUGGAACACAACAACUGCAAAACAAAUGUUGCGUCACUUCCUGAAAUCCCACAACUGA